CACCGGGGGCGUUGUUGCGGGGCAAUACUCCCCGAAAGCCGCCCGAACGCCGGGAAAUUAUAGAAAUUCUGUUCCACUUUCAUUUUUGUUGUCCCAAAAUAAUAUGGGCUCCAAUCAUAUCUGCAGAUAAGCAUCACGAUGGUCUUUUGGAUCGGUGCUGGUGUAACCCUCUUUUUUCUGCGUGGGAUGACAGUGCUACCCCCACUCACGAUGUGCUCCCGAGGGGGUGAAUACAGCCUCAUUAUAUGGUGUACGAGAAAGAUAUAUGAUCAAUCGCGUUCUUGCGGCUUUCAGGUGUGAAUAUGGCAAUUCCAGAAUUAGAAACGUGGGGAUGGCCUUGCCGCGAUUGUUAUCCGAUAUCGUAUGGCGAUUGACUACCCCGCCAUGACUGCCGAUGAACAAUCUGGUUCUCGCAAUAAUGGUUGCUAAGGCGUCAUUGAUUACAUCGAGGACUCAGAUCUAGAUAUAUAUGUCCCAGUUAAUCUCAACUGUUAUCAAACUACGAAGAACCAAAUCUGUAAUUCGCAACUUUAAUUUUCUUCGCCCCGCACCGCAAAACUCUCCCCGUCACCAGCUCACCCACUCAACCAGAAUGGCACCCAUCAAAGUCGCCGUCCUAGACGACUACCACAACAUCUCAUCCGAAUACCUAGCCAAACUUCCCUCAUCCGCCUUCGAAAUAUCCUACUUCCCCUCCACCCUCCCCUCCUACGCCCACCCCUCCACCUCCACCUCCAGCAAAGCCGAGCUCGUCGCCCGCCUCGCCCCCUUCGAAAUCAUAUCCACAAUCCGCGAACGCACCCCCUUCCCCGGCGCCCUGCUCGAGCAGCUCCCAAACCUCAAGCUCCUCCAGACCACCGGCACCCGCAACCUCGCGAUCGACCUCGAUGCUGCCCGCCGCCUCGGUAUCGCCGUGGUAGGCACGUCGUUUCGCGGAAAGCCCGCUGAUGCGCCUCCAGGGCCGGAUAGUACUACGCAGCACACUCUCGCCCUCAUCCUCGCUCUCGCGCGCAACAUCCCCGCCGAUGACUUAAGUGUCAAGACAGGCGCAUGGCAGAGCACUUUCGCCUUGCCUCUGACAGGGAGAACAGUCGGUAUCGUAGGCCUCGGCCGCCUGGGUAUUGCCGUAGCUUCUAUCCUGUCCAGCGCAUUCGGAAUGCGCGUGGUAACCUGGAGCUCCAGCCUGACCCAGGAGGUAGCGGAUGAGAAAGCCGCUGCUGCAGGCCUGCCUGUCGAGAGUGCGUGGGGAAAGACGUUCGAGGUUGUGUCGAAGGAGGAACUGUUCCGCCGCGCGGACCUGGUUAGUGUGCAUUAUGUCCUCUCAGAGCGUUCGCGCGGGGUAGUCGGACGAGCGGAACUCGCACUUUUGAAGCCAUCUGCGCUACUGGUUAAUACCUCGCGUGGUCCGCUUGUUGACCAGGACGCGCUGCUGGAGGUUUUGAAGGAAGGCAAGAUCGGAGGAGCGGCGUUGGAUGUGUUUGAGCUUGAGCCGCUACCGAAGGAUAGCGAGUGGCGUAGUGAGAAGUGGGGGAAGGAAGGGAGGAGCAGGGUCGUCCUCACACCACAUAUGGGGUAUGUUGAAGAGGGGACACUGAGACCCUGGGCGGAAGAGGCUGUGCGGAAUAUUGAGAAGUGGGGGAAGGGCGAAGGUGGGGAACUGACUCCAUUGUCGGGAUGAGUGUGGUUGCAGCUCUGUGUGUGUAUCUUAGCCC